AUGCCUCACAACCAGGCUCAGAUGUGGUGUGGGAGUUGUGUGAACUUAUACAAAAGUGCAGUGAGUGUAUCUGGUGGCAGAAUCUAUCACAGAAUAGAGCAUGUACUGAAGAUGAGGAGGAUUUAGAAGAUGAUCAACUGUUAUGCUCACAGCAAAGCAAUGAAGACUAUUUUGCGGACACUGAGGAUUGCUCAAGUGUUUCAUCUGGAAGUGAUAGUCCCUUGUCUGAUUCAGAAAAAUGGGAUGAAUCUUUAAGUGCAAGCAGCUAUGAUCCAGACAGUGAAGGAACUAUGCAAGACACUCUUUCAACAAAUUUUUCUGUAGCUCCAAACAACGCAGAGGUUGAGCAAACAAACCAAGAUGUUGCACAAGAAAAUUCUCAUUCCCAGGAGGAAAUUGUAGAACCCACCCAGGAUGUUGAACAAGAACAGACUCAUUCCCUCAUGGAAGUUGUAGAACCCACUCAGGAUGUUGAACAAGAUCAGUUGGUUCGUGAGAUCUGUCCUUCAUGGAGUCCUUUGGAGGGUGGAGGACAUUUCCAGAUAUCUGUGAAAAAAGAUCUUUCCAAGCACGUUAAAUCUGGAUAUGCCUUUUUUGGAGAUGAGCUGGUUAAUUUAGAAAAUUUUAACAGUUUAACUUGGAAAGGGGUAAUUCCAGCUUCCCAAGAACCAGGUGUGGUUGCAGUGCAUGUUUUUUCAGAUACCACGCAAUUUCUGGGUAAAACCACAUUUACGUAUGAAGAUAUGCGGAAAAACGUUGUCUCCCAAGCAGUAGACCAAGGUGGAGACGGGCUGUCUGAUCUGUUGUCUCUGAUUGCAAAACAUGUUUGGAGUCAAAGCUCAUCUAUGAAGCAAAAUUCAGAGCAAGCAACAGGUGCUCUGAAUGGUAGUUGUCAGAAGAGACCUUCACCAGCCGAGAAUAAUAUCAUGGAUGACAAGUGCGAAGACUUUGGACAAUACUUCCAAGAUAUAGUGAAAUGGUUAUCAGAGGAAAGCUUCCACCCAGGUCAUUCCAAUACAGAUGUGUGGUUGAAACUUUCCAAAGCUAUUUAUGGGCUAUGCAAAAAACUGGAUUCUGCGGGAGAUGAGCAGAAUUUUACAAGCGAUCAGCAUGCAUCCCCUCAAGAAAGUGAAGCCAGUUAUUUUGCUGAUGCUGAGACUUCUUCAUGUACAUCAUCCAACAGUGCUUCAUCGCCUGAUCCAGAAGACUGGAGUCAACCUCCCAAUGCACCAUUGACAGGUUUCAUCAGUCAGCCUUCAGUUCCUAAGACUGAGGAUGAUGGGAAUGAGAAGCACCCUUGGUGGAAUAAGUCUUCUUCGGAACCACACAGGACAGAUGACAACCUACUGAAUGAUGACUAUAAUGCAGUAGAGGAUAUAACUAAAAAAUUUGAGUCAUUCCCUGCUUUGCAAAAUGAUACAGAUCAUCACAGGGACAGUGAAUUGAACACAGCUUCUACUUGGGGGAAAGAUAAAAAAACACCUGCUGUUCAAGAAUGUGAAGAAACUGCUCACUUUGAAACCUAG